UCGAAAUCAACCCAAAAAUCCCACCAUAGAUCCUUCUCCCUGAAAGCCAAAAACUGUUGGAAGAACCAAAACUUUGCCACUCCAUCUUUACCUUGUUUUGCUGAUUAACUCCAAUGGCUUGUGCUUCUCAAGCUCUGAUUUCUGCAAAUACUUGCUCUUUUCCCUCUUCUAGAUUUUUGAAGAAACACAAAGGGAAUGGUAAGGGUGACUUGUUCACAAUCCGAGCUUCAUCCACCUCUGAUGCUGAGGAAUCUGACUGCAAUGAUGAAGAAUGUGCCCCUGAUAAGGAGGUUGGUAAGGUCAGCGUGGAAUGGUUAGCGGGUGAGAAGACCAAAGUGGUUGGGACAUUCCCACCUCGUAAAAAGGGUUGGACCGGCUAUGUUGAGAAGGACACUGCAGGGCAGACUAACAUAUAUUCAGUGGAGCCAGCUGUCUACGUUGCAGAAAGUGCAAUAAGCUCAGGGACUGCAGGCACUUCUUCUGAAGGAUCUGAGAAUACAGUGGCAAUUGCUGCCGGCUUGGCUCUCAUCUUCGUCGCUGCUGCUUCUUCAAUACUAAUACAAGUUGGUAAAACCUCCCCUCAGGUGCAAGCCUCAGAAUAUGCUGGCCCAUCUCUUAGUUAUUAUAUCAACAAGUUUAAGCCAGCAGAAAUCAUCCAGGCUUCAAUCCCAGCCCAGCCUGAAAAUUCUCCAGCUGUAGUUGAAAGUUCUGCUUCCUCAAGUUGAUGUUGAAUCAAAUGGCCAGCCAGAGUCUCCUUCAGAUGUAAGCAAUGCGUCUUGAACAAUUCAAAGAGGGACUUGGCUAGGUUUCUAUCAUUCAGGGAUUUUGUAUACCAUUAACACACACCUUUUUAUAUGAGAAUAUACGUGAUUUGCCA